CAGCGCUGAGCUGCCUGAAGCCAACAUGUCAGCCGUCACUACAACAUCAAGGACUGCUGCAGGGUCGCAGGGCGGGAGUUGGAGCCUAUUGUAAUUUCGUUAUGCUAGAACGUGAGGAAGACUCGUCAGUGCAGGGGUGCAGUGUUGCCAUGGAGACAAGAGACGCUGAUUCAGCAGAGGAAAAGGAGGAGCGGGAUGAAGACAAGGAGGAAGAGGAGGAGCGGGAGGAAGACAAGAAGGAAGAGGACACAGGAGGAGGAGUUGGGGAGGAAACGUCAUCCAGAGCGACAGCAGAGCGUCCCAGCACCCUGCCGAUAUCAAUAUCUUGUGGCAUGAAGAAGAAGAGAGUCCUGGCAGCUCCGGCCCUCAGCGUAUCCUUAGGACGCAGCGAGUCUGGCGGCUUCCACUCGGCGUUCCUCUCGCCGUCUCCUGGGGAUCAAGAUGAUGGCGGGCUGGACUUCGACCUGGACGCCAUGGAGACGCCGUCAGACAGCGAGUCCCUCCGCUUCCCCACCGACGACCUGGAUCUGGAAGUGUAUGUGCAGGGGGGCAGUGUGUUGGCGUCCUCUCAUACCGGGUCCUUGCUGGACUCCGAGCAGGGCGGACUGGGAGCGCUGGAGCGUGAGGAUGUGGUGGACAACAAAGGCACCAGGUGGCGCGCUUUCACCGUGGACGAGCCCCCUCAGGAGAGCCGUGUCAACAUGAGCGUCCUGGAGCCUUUCCUCAAGAUUCUGUCACAUGGAGGUUACUAUGGAGACGGGAUGAAUGACAUCAUUGUGUUUUCCUCCUGUUACUUGCCGGAGAACGGUCUGGAAAACUACCAGUAUGUGAUGGACAACCUGUUCAGGUACUUGGUGGGAACGUUGGACCUGAUGGUAGCCGAAAACUAUGUGAUAGUUUAUCUUUGUGCUGGAGGACAGAAAGACAAAAUUCCCGGGAUCAGCUGGCUGAAGGAAUGUUACCACACCAUCGCAUGGAGGUUAAGGAAGAACCUAAAAGGCAUGUAUGUGGUUCAUCCUACCUGGUCCAUCAAAGCGCUCAUCACCAUCAUCAAACCCUUCAUCAGUUCAAAGUUCAGCAGGAAGCUUCAGUUCGUCAGCAGCCUGCAGGAUCUUGCCGCCUUGGUCCCCACUGAGCAUGUGCAGAUUCCAGACUGCGUCAGACUGUAUGACCACAGCUUAUCCAGCUGAGACAGCCAAGGCAAGAUGGUGGUCGUGUUUACAGAAUGUCACCUUAAUCAAGACAGUUUUGUGUUAGAAAUAUGUUCCAAAUAAAAGUGUCGUGGCAGUGAAGUGCAGCCUUAGUAAUUACCAAUAUGGUGAGGAUAUGUUACAAUGUUUUACAGACUAUUCCUCGCUUUAAGCGAGCAAAGUGUGCAAGCUGCCAACACCUCCAUCAUGUUUAUUAUGAGGCAGGAAACACUGCAGCCAUUCAUAGCACAGGAAAACACCAAGUGUGUGUGAGAUUCCAACGGCUGUGCAGGAAGAGCCAGGCAGGAAGGAAGUGAGGUCUGCUGAGGAAAGUCCAUAAACAGGAACACAGAAUACAAACCGUCUUUUCUUCACACUAACGCUACACCACAAACAGCGAGCAAGAACCGCGUAUCGAGUUUAUUUCAAUGAUGUUUGAAUUGUUUGUUUAAUGUUAAAACCAAAAGUCGGGUAGUUUUUUUUUUUUUUAAAUUACCUAUUUUAUUUAUCCAUCCAAAAUUUCUACCGCUUGUCCCUUGGGGGUGGUGGAGCCAAUCCCAGCUGCAUUUGGGCGUAAGGCGGGGUACACCCUGGAUAUGUCGCCCAAUAUUCACACUCACAUUCACACACUAGGCCCAAAUUUAGUGUUGCCAAUCAACCUAUCCCCAGGUGGAAGUCUUUGGAGGUGGGAGGAAGCUGGAGUACCCGGAGGGAACUCACACAGUCACGGGGAGAACAUGCAAACUCCACACAGAAAGACCCCGAGCCCCGAGAUCGAACCCAAGACCUUUGUAUUGUGAGGCACACGCACUAACCCCUAUUUUUUUAAGUUAGUUAUUGCAUUAGGUGAGUAGUCUUUGUUGUGGUUUUAUUACAGUAAGUGGGUAAUUUUACUUUUUUAUGGUUUUAUUGUAAAGUCGUUCUCAUUUCUUGAAUAUAAAACUUGAUGUAGUACACACACACUAGCGACCACAUCAUCCAUUGCUUUUGCCUCACCCAUUCUCCAUGACAACAGACGCACUCAGGUUUUCGUAAGAUGUUACACUCCACCCCCACUUUAAAACUUCAACCAAGUCCCUACCCGAUAAACUGUAUUUACACAACUCUGUCUCACAUUACAGCAGCUCUGCUGAGUCCAGAUGUUAGUCAUAAAACAUGACGUAAUCACACACACACAUUAAUGUUUCGAGUCACAUUUGACAUAAAAGGCACACACGUGUUUGCUUUUCAAAAUAAAGGCACACAGCUGGAGGGAAUAUCACAUUUAUUACAUAACGAGUGGGUGGCGCUAACGUGUUUGGACGGCAUUAUGCAAGCAAAUAUGAAGUGUAGUUCUGUAAAGUUCAGUCUCUGUGGCGGUCAAAGUUCACACACAUUUGUUUUGUUUGAGCA